AUGACUAUCAGGGCUGCCAAGUUCACCCCCGAAGUGCUACUGUCUGCACCACGACGCUCCCCCGCCGUCCCAAAUUCAUCGGGUACUUUAGCCGUAUACACGCAAACGACAUAUUCCUUCUCGUCGCACAGCAAAACAAAUGAGAUCCGCGUGAUUGACCUUGAGUCCGGCCAUAGCUCCGUGGUUACGAGCGAUGCGGGAGCUAGCAACCCUCAAUGGCUGGACGAUGGGGAUUACCUGGUUUGGUUGAAGGAGAAGGAUAACGGAAACACCAGCUUUAUAAUUGGAGAUGCUCGGGACCCUGGGAGAUCCUACACAGCUGGGACCGUGCCGGGGCCGGUAUCUGACUUGAAGUUGACAACAAUUGAGCCAGGAAAGACUGGAUUCGUUGUUUCCGGUAAAGCAAAUCCCGAUGGGACGCUUUAUAAUCCCAAAGAUGCAAAGAAGCCCUUGAGUAGUGGUAAAUACUACACCUCAAUUUGGGUUCGACACUGGGACUCAUAUGUAGUGCCCCAGAAGAACUCCUUGUGGUAUGGACUAUUACAAAGCCCUUCACCAACGGCAUCAGAUAAGGUUAAGAGAUACGCGGCCUCGGGACUUACCAACCUGCUCGCUGUUUCGGGACUUGAUGGCGUUGAAACACCUAUUCCUCCCUUCGGCGGUACCGAUCAUUUCGCUAUCAGCCCAAAUGCGGUAGCUUUCAUUGCGAAGGAUCCAGCGCUUAACCCAGCUACUCACACUGCCUGUAUUCUUUACUACUGCCCGAUGCCGUCAUGGACUGACCUCAGCAUUCGAGAGGCCAAAGUAUGUCAGAUGAAGGGGCUGGAAGGUGCCAUGUCAUCCCCAGUACUCUCAAAAGAUGGGAGUUCGAUAGCAUUCUUGGUCCAGAAGAAGGAUGGCCAUGAAGCAGACAAAAAUCGCAUUAUUUUCGUCCCAAAUCCUUGGAGUGGUCAGCUCCUCGAGGUUUUUGAGUCCAAGGAUGGGCAGGGACAGUGGAGUUUGAGUCCAAGUUCGAUUUCAUGGGCUCAAGACGACAAGUCAUUAUUUGUCACCGUUGAGGAAAAAGGAAGAGGAGUGUUAUAUCAGCUUUCAAUCGAAAAUAUUCUGGAAGCAAAGCCGAGCGAUUUAAAAAAGCUCACCAGCGUCGGUGUUGUGACUGGCGUUUCUCCCCUCGCGAAAGACUCCAACCUACUCCUUGUUUCAAGCAGCAGCUUGGUCGAGCCAAGUAUAUAUACAAUAAUUGAUCCAGAGAGUCCAGAUGAAGCAAAGGUCUUAUCUUCUGCCAGCCGUGGUGGAUCUGCUCUUGGCUUGUCGCGAUCUCAGGUUGACGAAAUAUGGUACAAAGGCGAAAAAUCAGACAUUCACGCAUUCGUUAUCAAACCUUCUAAUUUCAACCCUGACGAAAAGUAUCCUUUGGCAUAUUUAAUACAUGGUGGUCCUGAAGCUGCUUGGAAUGACUCCUGGAGCACACGCUGGAAUCCAGCUGUGUUCGCUGAGCAAGGCUACGUUGUGGUCACUCCAAACCCAACUGGAAGUACUGGCUAUGGCCAAGAAUUUACUGACGCCAUUCAAGGCAGCUGGGGUGGACUUCCUUACCUCGACCUCGAAAGAGGAUUCGAUUAUAUUAAACAGAAUCUGAAAUAUGUCGAUACUGAUCGAGCCGUCGCCUUGGGAGCAUCAUAUGGUGGCUACAUGAUGAAUUGGAUUCAAGGUCACCCACUCGGUCGCAAAUUUAAGGCUCUUGUUACUCAUGAUGGUGUCUUUAACAUGGUCGCCCAGACAGCUAGCGAAGAGCAGUACUUCCCACUCGCUGAUUUGAAGGGACCGUUGUGGAAGGUUCCUGAUGAGUGGCACAAAUGGGAUCCUUCUCGAUUUACCGCAAACUGGGAAACACCACAUCUCAUUAUACAUAACGAAUUAGAUUAUCGAUUGACCAUCGCGGAGGGGCUUGCUGCUUUCAAUAUCUUGCAGAUGAGAGGCGUCGAGAGUGCAUUUUUAACCUUCCCGGAUGAGAACCACUGGGUGCUCCAGCCCGAGAACUCCUUGGUCUGGCAUUACUCCGUUAUUAAUUGGAUCAAUAAGUACGUCGGAUUGCCUGCACUAUCAACGACCCAUCACGAAGCUAUCUUUCCUCGGGUUGAUGCAACCGAGAAGAAGAUAACCAGCAUACCAUUGCGAUAG